AAUGCUUCUUUUCUUAUCCCUUUUCUUCUUCAAUUGCUCUCUCUUUUCCUCUAUGAUCUUUGAUUUUUUUCAUUUACUUGUUUUGAUUUAUUAGUUGAUUUUAUGUUCUUUUAAUGCAUUUUUUUUAAUUUGUUUUUUUUUCUGUAAUUAUUGUUUCAAAGUUUGUUUUAUUGUUGAUUUGAUUGUUCCAUUUUAGCAAUUUGAAGAAGAGCUUUGAAUUAAAUUGACACAGCACUGCACAGAUUCGCCACUGAAAUGAAAAGAAAAGUUUGAUUUUGCUAUGUGCUGGUUGAAUAUUCUGCUUAUUUGGUCGGUGAUUAUUUGUUUUCUGUAUUUUCUUUUUACUAGGUCUGUUCAAACUAGCUUCUGUGUGGAUUAUUGUGAUUAUUUUUUAUAAUUAUUUUUGUUAAUUGAUGUGAAUUGUGUUGGGUAUUGGAAAAAAAAUCUAAAUUUGGUAACAGAAUCCAUGCCAAUCAUGUUUUCAUGAAAUUCUGUGGGGAAUGGGUAUUGGGUAAUGGUACAUGUUAAAUUGAAAGUUUCUCUAGGUUGAAGGAGCAAUGAUUUUAAGCUAUGGAGCAUCAACACCUCUGAAAAAAGGCGUGUCUGUGUGUGGGUUGGCAUGGGUUGUAAGUUCUCAAAGUAUUCAACAUGCUGUUGGGGUAGUGAACAAGGUGGUGGUGGUGGUGGUGGUGGUGGUGGUGUUCAGGUUCCGGAGACUGACAUUGAUGAAAAUGAAAACAAUAAUAUUGAGGGCAAUGGCCCGCCGUCGUUUCGUGAAUAUACGGUUGAUCAACUUAGGAAGGCCACCUCUGGGUUUGCAGUAGAAAAUAUUGUUUCAGAGCAUGGAGAAAAGGCUCCAAAUGUUGUUUAUAAAGGGAAACUUGACAAUCAAACACGGAUUGCCAUCAAACGGUUCAACAAAUCAGCCUGGCCAGAUGCCCAUCAAUUUUUGGAAGAGGCAAAAGCUGUUGGUCAGCUAAGGAGCCAAAAGUUGGCAAAUCUGCUUGGAUGUUGCUCUGAAGGGGAUGAGAGGUUGCUUGUAUCAGAAUAUAUGUCCAACGAUACUUUGGCAAAGCACUUAUUUCAUUGGGAAACUCAGCCCAUGAAAUGGGCAAUGCGACUUAGAGUUGCUUUACAUCUUGCCCAAGCUCUAGAGUACUGUACCAACAAAGGACGGGCUCUAUAUCAUGAUCUAAAUGCUUACCGAGUUCUUUUCGAUGAUGACUUCAAUCCCAAGCUUUCAUGCUUUGGUUUGAUGAAAAACAGUCGGGAUGGGAAAAGUUAUAGUACAAAUUUGGCAUUUACACCACCCGAGUAUCUCAGGACAGGUAGAGUGACCCCAGAGAGUGUAACUUAUAGCUUUGGGACCCUUUUGCUUGACCUUCUAAGUGGAAAACAUAUUCCUCCAAGCCAUGCCCUUGAUCUGAUCAGGGACAGGAACCUUCAGAGUCUAACAGACUCAUGUUUAGACGGACAAUUUUCAGAUGACGAGGGGACUGAAUUAGUUCGUCUAGCCUCACGAUGUUUACAAUCUGAACCGCGAGAGCGUCCUAAUCCAAAGUCACUCGUCACUGCUCUAAUACCUUUACAGAAGGAUACUGAGGUUCCUUCUCAUGUGCUGAUGGGUAUACCUGAUGCCGACGGUAGUGCAGCUUUUCCUCUCACUCCACUUGGGGAAGCUUGUCUACGCAGGGAUCUGACAUCCCUACACGAGGUGCUGGAGAAAAUUGGGUAUAAAGAUGAUGAGGGCGCAGCUACUGAGCUUUCGUUCCAAAUGUGGACCAACCAGAUGCAGCAAACAUUGGAUUCGAAAAAGAAAGGAGAUUCCGCUUUUCGGCAGAAGGAUUUCAAAAACGCAAUCGAUGGCUACACUCAGUUUAUUGAGGUUGGAAGCAUGACUUCUCCAACAAUUUUCGCGCGUCGAAGUCUGUCAUAUCUCUUCAGCAACAUGCCAAAUGAAGCACUUGGUGAUGCAAUGCAGGCACAAAUGAUAUCUCCUAUUUGGCACCUUGCAUUUUAUCUACAAGCUGUUGCUCUUUUGGCACUGGGAAGGGAGAAUGAUGCCCAAGUGGCACUUAAAGAAGGUUCUUCACUUGAAAGUAAUAAGAGCACAAAUUAAUUGAGAUGGUUGUGGUUAGCCAGAUCUUGAAUAUAACUUUUACAUAGAAAAAGCUGUUGGUUUUUCUCAAUGUUUGGGCGCAAAUGUACAUGGGGCUAUAGUUCCUUCCUUAUUUGGACGAUUGUCAUUAUGAAGGUUUAUUUAUUAUACUUGUGCAUGCUUAGAAGCAUUCUUUUGCACAGACUAGAGUUAUCUCUCAGAGUUAUACAGUAUCUAUUUGCAGUAGGAUUCUGUUUAGUUGCCUCUAUGUUAGUAGAAGGCAUAAAGGUGGAAGAUAUCAUCAUCAUUGAUUAUGAGUUGAAGAAUGAAAACAACUUUUAGAAGAGAGGUGUGUGUUUGUGUAAAGGGUUCAUCUGUUGGGAAAAUAUUGUUAUGCUUGUAAUUUAUUGUACAGAAGAACAACUUGGUUAUGACCUGCCUUUUGUGAUGUUGAUGAUAUUGAUAUAUUCAUUUUCCUUCUAAUAAAUUAUUUUCUUUUUGUAAUA